UGGUUUAGGGUUCUUCCCUGCAGAUGAGUUGCCACAUGGUUUAACCAGCCUGCUAGGAAGAGCUGCAGGAGGAAGGCCCGUCAGGCAAAGGCUUUUGGCAUUGCUCCACGCGUAGUGUCAGGGCCAGUCCGACCCACUGUGAGGUGUCUCACUGUUAGGUACCACACGAAAGUUCAUGCUGGCAGAGGAUUCACCUUGGAAAAGCUGAGACUGGCUGCAUCCAUAAAAGGGUUGCCCGGACUAUUGGGAUGCAACAAGUCUACAGCAUCCCUGCAGGCCACCAUGCAGAGACUGAAGGAGUAUCGCUCCAAACUUUUCCUCUUCCGAAGGAAGCCAUGUGCAACCAAGAAGGGAGACAGCUCUCCUGAAGAAUUCAAGCUGGCAACUCAGCUCUCUGGACCUGUUAUGCCAAUCGGGAACGUUUACAAAAAGGAAAAGGCUCGUUUUAUCUCUGAGGACAAGAAGAACUUCAAAGCCUUUGCCAACCUGCGUAGGGCCCAGACAAAUGCCCAUCUCUUUGGAAUCUGUGCUAAACGAGCCAAGGAAGCUGCAGAGCAGGAUGUGGAGAAGAAGAAAUGAACUGUUCUCCCUCAAACUGUCAAUAAAAGAGUGUAGAAAUGU